CUGCCCCACUGGGGAGAGGAGACAGAGCCUGGGACACUGGUUUGGGGUAGGGGUGAGGGUGUGGGCUCUUGAGUCACUUGCAGAGGUUGCAUGCAAAAUGUUUGGGUUUGUUUCCAGCAUCUUUGCUGAAUCAUUGUGAUCCUGGGGAGAGUUCUUCCACCGUGAGCUCUCUGGCUCCUCUGUGAUGGAAAAACGGUGCUUCCCAGCUCCUGCUGCAGGCCCGGGCCCCUCUCUGGCCUGGGCUCACAGGGGCAGGAUUUCUGUCCCUGUCUUGCUGUCACUCCUUGGUCUGUGCACAUGCUGAGCUCCGAUGAUGUGUGCAGGGAGGCUUAGUUUUUCUGACACCUGCCUUCCUCCAAAAGUGUUUGGAGACACAUUUCCACAUGCAGACAACUACUGUUUAGUUUCACAGAAGCAAAAGGGGUAAAACCCAGCAGCACAGGGCCAGCGGGACCAGGUUACAUACAAGCGUCUUCCUUUUGCUCUCGUGAGAUAGGGUGAUGUGGGCUCUUCAGACAAGUAGCAAUUAAAAUAAAAGUUUGGAACCUGGGCUUAAACCGGAAUGUCGCAGAGCUCCUCAGGGAAGGGAAGGAAACUUCAGGAGCUUGGAAUUCAUAGCAAAGCAAUUAGACAUAAAGGAGUGAAAAUGCUGAGUGGCUGGUGUGAGCGUUUUUCUCUCCUGCCUGUGGUGAAGACUAAGUAAAAAGCAACUAAAGAAAAGCAGGAACUAAGUUAAUUUUUAAUAAACUGUAUUAGUCAUUAUAAACUUGGCAUGUAGAAGGUGAUGGAUGCUUUCUUUAGUGAAGCUGAUCUCCUGAAUUACGAGAAGAUUUGGUAACUGGUUGUUUUAAGAGCUUGUCUCCUCCUUGUUCCCUUGGUUAGGGUAGCACGGUGCUGGGGCCUUAUGGGUUUGCUCUGCAGACGCUGGACUCGCUGUGUGGUUGGUGGAGUACAGUCAUCACUGGUGCUAGCUUAGUUUUUGUCAGUUCAAGUGAGUCACCGAUAAGGAUUUACAAUAAAAAUGUGCUUUUCAAAUGUUAUGACUGGCUGGGGAAUAGAGAAGUGGUCCUUGCGCAGCAUAGCUGUGCUGGGGGAUGGAGUUUCGUUUUCUCGUCUUUGGAGAUCUAGGUGUGAGAAGCAGGGAGCUCACGAAGUGAGUACGUUGAAAUACCAAGUAUAUUUAUCUGUAUAAGUAGAGUUCUAGCUUUGCUAUUUUUAAGUUGCCUUUGGUAGAAGUCCUGUCAGCUCUAUGUUGACCUAGAAAUCUAAGGUAGCUAUUGAGGUUAAACAGUUGUGUGGAGGUUAAACAGCUUAUGUUGUAAUAUGGAUACCAAACUGUCCAUUAAAGACCAGUGCCAUAAGUAAAUCCUUUAAUUCUUUUGUUGAAAUGAAAAACAUUUAGAGCAAAUCAGGUGGUGGGUACCUCUUGACCUGUAACUGUUAGGUGUAUUUCUGCUCCUCCUUCAAGUAACCGCACGUGCCAGCAGUGCGGUGGUUUUCUCCAGGUGCAGUUGUAGCCUGUGGCCUUGACCAGAUGCAGUGCAUGUAGUCCCAGCAGUGCAAAUGCUUAGCAGUGCUGCUGGCAUCCCCUGGCCUGUCUCAAGCCUGUGUGUGUGUGUUCACAGAUUCAGACUUUCAGCUGAUUUUCAUUUGCUUUCUCUGAAUUUCAGCUUACAAAAUGGUUGCAGUUAGCAGCUCUGUUCUGGGAGAAGCCCUGCUGAAGUUAAUGGAGCUACUUGUUGCAGUAGUGUUGCUGGUGAAAAGCCUAGUAAUCCUCUGAGUCAUAAUAUGUGAAAUAAGAGUGCACGUUUUAUAAAUGCAGGUAUCCAGUUUACUGUAUUAAGUAUAAAAUGAUGACUUGAGUGGGGUGCUUUUCUCCAAAGGUACUUGCUUCUCAUUGUGCCUUUCUAGUUUUGGAUGUUCUUGGUGCUGGGCUACGGCAGCAGCUGUGACGACCGUGUUGGUGCUGUCUGUCUUCUCCCCACUUGCAGAAGCAGGAUUAUGGUUUGACACAGUAGGUGCACUUCUGCUCUCACCAGAGAAUGUUUGGCUUAAAUUUUGUCAGCAGUUUGUCUGGCUGAAUUUAAUCUUAAAUAUUUCUUAUGGUUAUUACCGACAGGCAGUCUUGAGAUACAGCUGCAUGUUCUCUGCUGUCUGGAUGUGAGUGACCACGUUAGUGAGGCUGUCCCAGGGUGCAGGAUGUUGUGUGGCACAGGGACAAGAGCUGGCUUGAGGCUGCCCAUCGCGGGGUAUGGAUGGAGUGAGUGUCUGCCCACCCCCACUGAUGCAUCACUGUUAUUUCAAUCAGGAAGAACUGAAAACAUCAUUGAAAAGGGUGUAUGUCCCCACCCUUGUUGUGAUGUGGUUUGCUAGGUCUUAUCUCAGGUUGUAUCCAAACAGCAAUUUUUGCCUGGGAAGUUGUGUAGAAAUUCAGAGCUCGCAGGCUGGUGAGGGGAGCAGCAGGUAGCUGUGAUCUCACUCAGGUAUUUUAGGAUGGCCUGUCGGGAUCAGCCCUUGGCGCUGUGCGUCUCGCUCGCUUUGCCAGGGAGGUUUGUGUGUGCCUGGUGAUCCUGGCUCCUUACACAAAGGUCGGUGAGACUUCUCAAUGUCACUUACAUGUUGAGGUCUGGGUCUGUUUUAGCUAAUUGCUCAUGUAAAUUAUUCACUCUGGUGUUACAUAGCAGUGCUGUGAUCAAAGAUUAGUUCAUGCCCUUGUUACAGACAGGUGGUAUUAUCUGUUUUUUUUCCGUGAUAAAGAAAGUCUUGGUUCAUCUGUAGUGUGGACUUAGAUGCUGACCAAAAUAACAUAGUAUCUGCCCACCAGUUUAAAUAACUGAUGGACAUCUGUCUGUCUUUGAAAUAUUCUGAACAUAUAAUUCUAAUUAAUUUUAUUAAGACUGCAGAUCUCUUCUAUCAUGAUGACUAGUGAAGUUUCUGGCUGGCUGCAUCGCUUCACUUUCAGGUGAAUGUUCUCCCUGUAUAUCAGAAACCCGUACGAGUCUCUCCUGUGGUCUUAAUGCGUCUGCAUGUUACACUGGUGGUGUACUUGACCAGGGUUAACACCUAUGAGUGCUGGAAUUUAAAAGGUCUGGGCUAUUGAUAAAAGUUAAUGAGCUGUACUUGAAUGACAGUUCCAAAUAAAACCUGAAUGAAUUCACUUCUUGAUUUGUGAGCAGUUACAAAAAAUAAUUACAGAGGUUGGCAGAAGAGCUGGCAUUCCAGGUUUAUCUGCUGGUGGCGGGGUGGGUGAGCUUUAAUAUACUUUCUUGAGGCAUACUCUGUCUCUAAUUUGUAAAAAUAAGAUCCUGGUAUGACUAGUUCUGUAUCUUAGUAUUUCUUAGUCUUCUGUUGUCUGACCUCAUGAUUUUCAUACACUGAUUUUGUUUUUUCUGUUAAUACAUCUGGGAUGCAGCUGAGGCUGUGCUUGUGCUGCUGGCCCCUGAAGGCCUGACCUGCUGGACACUGCUGUGGCCAGUUGGUGGGUUUGGGCAGGGUAGCAGAGCCCGAAGAGGUGGGAUGUGCUGCCUUGUUCUGUGGAGAACGAGACAAACCUUGUUUGCUAGGAAUGAGAAGGGCAAGUAAUCUUUUUGGUUGGGAAUUAACUGAUCUGUCAGUUGUUUUGGAGUGUGGGUCUCUGGCUCGGCUCAAUCUUUGUGCUGCUUUUAGCUGGGUGACUGUGUGUUGAAGUUUGCUAGUAAAGAAGAUGGGAACAGAAGUCUUGGUAACUGUGCGGUCUUUAAGAUGUAAAAAUAAACAAAGCUGAGAAGCUGCACCCUGCUUAAAACGGACUGACCUAAAUUUUCAGCAAUUCUAGCAGAAAGGCAGGCUCUGGGUAGGGAUAAAGGCUUAGUGAUGACUAACUGCCCUGUCUGUGCUUUGCUUGACAUUGGGGAAAUCUCCACUGGUGUCUGGGGUCGUUCACUUCCUCCCCUCCGCGAGUUGCACAACCCGGGCUGUGGAUUUCCCUUGUUGUACUUGUGUGGAGAGAGUCCCCUUGUUAGGCGAGUCAGCAGUUCAGCAUCUUUGGGGAAGUUACGGCACGCACGAGUUCUCAGAUUGCUUUUGUUGGAGUGUUGUUGAAAACAUUUGAUGUCCUCUGGCUUGUCCCUAAAGAGAUUUCUUUUGAGACCGUGUAUGUGUUUGUGAAGUCCAUUCAUACUCUUUGUCUGUAGAUUAAUGUUCUUGCCAUCAAUUGCAGUUGUUCACUAAUGAAUUAUUAAUUCUGCAGUGAGAUUUUUUUUUUUCCUUCAUUGACUUUCAUGCUUGAUUGAUUCUUCUGUGCAGUUUAAAUGGGAGCAUGGGAAUUUUGACUGAUAUUAACUGAUUACAUGUAUGAUGUCAAUGGUGGCUAAAUAACCUUUUUUUUUUUGAAAUUGGGUGAAGAACAUCUGUCUUUCAAAGGACUCGCAGUUUCCCAGGUGAAACAGUCUGUUUGUGAAUGUAUCAGAGGCACAUUGCUUGUUAUUUAACAAAGCUGGGAUGGUCAGGCAGCCGGUGGAAUGAUUACUUGUGUGCUCUGGAGGCAGUCCUGUGGGUAGCACGAAGGGAGAAGGAGGGAAAAGCUCGUUUGUAGAUUCUUCUGCUAAUGUGGCUUUGUAGCCGACUGCUCUCCUGGCAGAGCGCCUGCCUUGGAUUAGAAAGCAUUCCCUUCGGUUGUUCUUGUAGGUACUGAUGGUCUGCCAUGUUUUGUUCUUUGUUUUGUGGUUUUGUGUGUGCUUUUUCCUGCAGGGAGAUAAUAGGUGAAUCGUCUAUCCUUUCAGCGGCCUUCUGUUAAACUUGGGGUACCACAGUUCAAGCAACUGAACAGAUGGAUAAUGGAGACUGGGGAUAUAUGAUGACUGAUCCAGUCACGCUAAAUGUGGGUGGACACAUGUAUACGACAUCCCUCACGACUCUAACGAGAUAUCCUGACUCAAUGCUUGGGGCCAUGUUCAGGGGAGACUUCCCCACUGCCAGGGACUCUCAGGGCAAUUACUUUAUUGACAGAGAUGGACCACUUUUCCGUUAUGUUCUUAACUUUUUAAGGACCUCAGAGCUCACUUUGCCACUGGACUUCAAGGAGUUCGACCUACUCCGGAAGGAAGCAGACUUCUAUCAGAUUGAACCACUAAUUCAGUGUCUCAAUGACCCCAAGCCGCUGUAUCCCGUGGAUACCUUUGAGGAGGUGGUGGAGCUGUCCAGCACCCGGAAGCUUUCCAAGUACUCCAACCCGGUGGCUGUCAUCAUCACGCAGCUCACUAUCACCACUAAAGUCCAUUCGUUACUGGAAGGCAUUUCAAACCACUUCACCAAGUGGAAUAAGCAUAUGAUGGACACCAGGGACUGCCAGGUUUCCUUCACGUUUGGGCCGUGUGAUCACCACCAGGAAGUGUCGCUCAGAGUCCAUCUGAUGGAGUACAUCACAAAGCAAGGCUUCACGAUCAGGAACACCAGAGUUCAUCACAUGAGCGAGCGUGCCAAUGAAAACACAGUGGAGCACAACUGGACUUUCUGUAGACUGGCACGAAAAACAGAUGACUGAUUCUGUGACUCCGCAGGAGCCACUUCAGCCGUUAGCAACUUAAUUGGACAGUAAACCCAAGAGAGUCUGGAUUUGGACUAAAGCAACAAUGUGGGCUUUUUUUUUUUUUUUUUUUAUACAACUAUUUAUUGUUUAUCAGUAAGGGCUGGAGGAGUUUCGUUCUCUAGCAGCUCUGUCCUUUUGUCCUGUUCAGAAAAAAACCAUGCAUGUGCCUGUUCAGUCAAGACACCUUUUUAUUUGAAAGAGGGAGACCGAAGAAUUAGUACAAGGGUAUUUUGUGUCAUUAACACAAUUCUCUGAUGCAAAUUAAAGUGCUAAAGUUACCUCCGUUUAAACGGUUUCUAAUCCAUCUAAUGCUAUGACACUGGGAGCAAGAAACAAAAAGAAUUUAAGAUGCAGUUGGGGAAAAGCUGCUAUCAUGUAGACUAAUUUAGUUUCUAAAUCAAUAAACAGUAUUGUAAUAUUCUAGGACAACAAAUCCCACCCUUUAAAAGUACUUGAUAAGUACAGUUUCUUACAGUUAUGACAACUGUUUCUUUCUAUGCAUAUAAAUCAAAGCAACCAAAUAUUAUCUGUAGCCAUGGAAAUAUAAUUAGAAAUAUUUAUAUUGGAUUCUAAAUGCAAAAUGUCCCUGUGGUAGAAUUCAUAUUUUUAAUGCCUGGUGCAAUAUUAUUCCCAAGUGUAAUGCCUGCCAGCAAGAAGCUAAUAAAAAUGUGAAACGC